AUGGAACACCAACACUCCGAGAUCGAGGAAAUGACCGAGGAAAUAGAGACGCUCUAUCAUAGACUUCAUAAAGCGCAGGAGGAAAUAGAGGCGGAAAAGGAGUCACGCUAUCUGAAAGAACGCCUCGAAGAAGCAGCUGGCGAGAUGGAGGAGCUCAAAGCCGAGUUGAAGACGAUAAGAGAAGUUAAUAAAGAAAAAGACGGCAUCAGAGCAGAUGGCAUCAGAGCGAGUCGCUGUACAGUCAGUGAAGCUUUAGAGGGUCAAGAACCCAGAAGAAAAAGGAAUCGGGAGAAAAAAGAUGAAAAAAUGAUGAAAGAAGAAAUAAGCAUGUACUGCAAUGCAAGAAUCAGAAGAAAGAGAAACGUUGAGAAGGAAAAAAAAUCUGCAGAUACUGCAAAAGAUAUAAGCGACGACGUAACAAGAGACGUGGCACAGAAGAAAAAGGAAUCGGGAGAAAAAAUGAUGAAAAAAUGA